AAAAAUCAUGUGUAUGGAAUUAUAAUUAAUCUGAGGUUCGAAACGUAAAGAUCCCUUUUUCUUUAAGGUUUCUGUUCUGCUUUAAAUAAUUCCCCGGAGUAAGUUUAUAGGAAUAAUUUGGAUUUCGAUGAACCAACCCAACCGGUUAGUUACAAGCAACAAACAAUAAGACAUGCUUUUAUCUUUGGCAUGUGGAUAUAUUUGUGUUGAAUUGAUAAGUGAAUGAUAAUUUUUUUGAAGUCCAGUUACAAUGCAAGCACAAAAGGAGGCUCCACCUGAUUUGCAGUGCAAGGAUAAAUUUCUCCUCCAGAGUGUAGUUGUGAGCCCAGGAGUAACCACAAAGGAUAUCAAUCCUGAUAUGUUUAGCAAACAGUUGGGGAACCGUGUUGAAGAAUGCAAAUUGAGAGUUUCCUAUGUUCCACCCCCACAACCACCUUCGCCUGUGCGAGAAGGUUCGGAGGAAGGCUCCUCACCAAGGGCUUCAUUGUCGGAAAAUGGGACCGUAAAUCAGAUUCCUGACUAUAAUAGCAUGUCAAAAGCAUAUGUUGACUCAUUGGAGAACACACCAGAGGUCAUAUCCUACAUUUUUAGUAUAUUCUAUCGUUGACAAUAUGCUUUAUCUUCCUUGAUCUUGUAUUUGGUUCGUGUCUGGAUAUCAUUAUUGUACCUUGGCUUAAGUUUGCUUCUUCUGUGGUGGCCAAUUUAUAACAGUUCUCUUUAUA